AUGUCCACAGCGCUUUCACUUGCGAUAGCGCUUACUAUUUUAAGUGAAUUACCAUUUAAACAAGGUUGUAAAAUGCUUAAUGAGUUUGGGGGAGAAUACAAAAAAUAUAAUCCCUUUUGUGUAAUAAGGACAAUUGCUUUAAUCAUUGCGAUCAUUUCUUGGGUGAUAGUUUCUUUUGGUAUUGCUAUGGUGGGUUUUAGAUGUAUUAAGGAUAUUUUAAAAAAUAGUAAUUAUUAUCAAAGCCAAUCAGACCAUAAUGAACAAGAGAUGAUUAUUUACAUGACUCGCAUUAAUUAUAAUGUUGUAUCAAGGUCUAAAGGAAUGUUUAAACUAAGUUUACCUGAAGAAUGUCAUCUAAUUAUAGUUCUUCAACAGCCUGAUGAUAGUGAUGAGCCUAAAUAUGUUAAUCAAUUAAGUUUCCAUGUAUUCAAAGACGGUGAAACUUCUUACUCAGUCUGUAGUCAUUCGACAUUUGCUUUUGCUUCUCGUAGUGUAAACCAUGAAGUUAACCUUCCAGCUGGCGACUAUGUAAUUAUUCCACAUGUAGACCGUGAAAUUAUUGUGCAAACGGAGAAAAAUCAAGAAACAAAACAAGAAAAAGAUUCUGAGAUUGGGGCUAAAAAAUGUAAAAAAAAAUAUAUUGAGAAUCUUUAUGAUGAUAAUGGCGCUGAUGAUGAAAAAAAGGAUAAUAAGAAAAAGAAAGAUGAAUGGGAAUUGCAAUUGGGAUUAAGAGUUUAUA